AUGUCCUCCGACCCUCUCAACUUCUUCGCAGCAGGAGACGAUAGCUCUGAUUCUGAGGAGGAAGAAGACGCUGGAGACUCCCGUACAGACAAACCCUCUGAGGCUGUGAAUGACGGGGCAGACAAACUCCCUUCACCCAACUCCCUCUUCAAGUCGGUGGGCCGGCCUUCCUUCCUUAACAACCCCAACGAAAAGUUCAUCGACUGGGACAAAUUUGUUAAGAAGAACACGGAGGUAGAGGAGCCCUCUGUCCACGAGAGAGAAGGCUACGUCGCCAUUCCUCCACCGGACAGCCUCAAGGAGAAAUCUGGCCCCGUCACCAGCAGCCUGACUCGCACCAUUCUCGGUACCGGCACUGUUGAAUUCUCUUCGCCUCCCGUCAGGUACGACAACGGGCCUGUAUCCAGCGGGACUGGAACUUCGGCGGUAACUAGUGUUAGAGAGACCCCAGGGGAUACUCAGCGGCAGGUGAAACGUGCUCAAGAGGGGGCAAGCGAGUCCGAGACGUCUGAAUCCCCAGCGGCGAAGAAAGCAAAGGGGGCACUAUUUAGAGUGAAGGAGAAGAGAAAGAGGGACAUUGGGCAAUCUUCUCGAGGGAAGAACUAUGUCGAAGAAGAAAAGAGAAUUCUUAGACAACAAUUUGGCUCUGAUCCAAUACUUAGCUAACUCCCCACUCACCGCAUUAUAUCUGUAUGCUACAUUUCUUUGACUCUAGGUCUUUUGAAGAAAAAAAUAUUGGAAAAGAUGGCGCAAUAAAACUAUGUACAAAAAGUGAUGGACAUUGU